GCCCCCCACACCCCACACUGCCAUAUUUCCAGUUCACUCUCUCUCCUCCAUCUUCUUCAUCUUCAUCACCAUUACCAUAUAUGUAUAUAUAUAUCUAUAUCUGUAGUAGAUCCCCACCCCACUUUCAUUCUUUUACCGUUGCUCUCUCUCUCUCUCUCUACAGUGACUCACUCUCUCUGAUUAUCGACGUUGUUGAUUCUUCUUCAUCGCAAUCGUACGGCCAUGGCUCCUCCAUUCACACGCAGAAUCUCCUCUCCAUUCUUGAUUCUUCUUUGCUCUCUCCUUCUCCUUCCCCACACUGCCCAUUCGCAGCCUUUCGUCGGAGUUAAUUACGGUGAAGUGGCGAACAACUUGCCGCCGGCGGAGGCAACUGCGAAGCUCUUGCAGUCUACCAGCAUCGAGAAAGUGCGCCUCUACGGCGCCGAUCCUGCGAUCAUUAAGGCGCUAGCCAACACCGGCAUCGGAAUCGUCAUCGGUGCUUCCGACGGCGACAUCCCCGCGCUUGCCACCGACCCUAAUUUCGCCGUUGUUUGGGUGAAUUCUAACGUCGUCGCCUUCUAUCCGGCCAGCAAGAUCAUCAUCGUCAGCGUCGGAAACGAGGUCGUCACGUCGCCGGACCAGAAUCUCGUCACGCAGCUCUUACCUGCUAUGCAGAAUGUUCAGAACGCCAUUAACGCCGCAUCAUUGGGAGGGAAAGUGAAGGUGUCCACAGUCCAUUCCAUGGCGAUUUUGAGUCAAUCGGACCCGCCCUCGACGGGGGCAUUCGGCUACGGAGACACCAUUAGAGCAUUGCUACAAUUCCUCAGCGAGAAUGCCUCGCCUUUAAUGAUCAAUCCAUACCCUUUCUUUGCAUACCAGAGUGAUCCGAGGCCCGAAACUUUGGCAUUCUGUUUGUUGCAGCCGAAUGCCGGACGAGUCGAUUCAGGAACAGGGAUCAGAUACAUGAACAUGUUUGAUGCACAGGUUGAUGCAGUGCACACUGCAAUGAAACGAAUUGGAUAUAAGGAUGUCGAGAUUGUGGUAGCCGAGACAGGGUGGCCGUAUAGAGGGGACCCGAACGAAGUUGGUCCUAGUUUCGAAAAUGCAAGAGCCUACAACGGGAAUUUGAUAAAACACCUUAGGUCACAGGUGGGCACCCCACUUAUGCCGGGGAAGUCUGUCGAUACAUACCUGUUUGCUCUCUACGACGAGAAUCUGAAACCUGGCCCGGGCUCUGAGCGCUCGUUUGGACUUUUUAAGCCUGAUCUUGCCGUGACUUAUGAUGUCGGCCUUGCAAAGACACAGACUCCGGCGCCAAUUCCAGAAACUCCUGCCCCGACAAGUCCAACAACAACUAUUCCUCCUCCUCCUCCGGUAGUUCCUCCGACAGCAGGAGGCUGGUGUGUGCCGCGCGCAGGCGUGUCUGAUGUUCAAUUGCAGGCAAAUCUGGAUUACGCGUGCGGGCAAGGGAUAGACUGCGGUCCUAUUCAGCCGGGAGGGGCGUGCUUUGAUCCGGCUACGGUGGUAUCCCACGCGACGUAUGCGAUGAAUCUGCUAUACCAAACAGCGGGAGGGAAUCCGUGGAACUGCGACUUCCUGCAGACGGCCACCGUCACGAGUGUUAAUCCCAGCUACGGCGGAUGUGUUUACCCGGCGGCGGCCGGAUAAGCGCCACUGUAGAGUACAGUAGAGGUGAGAUUUGAUUUUGUGUUGUACUGUAAGAAUGAAUAAGUGUGCAUAGAUAUAAUACAUAUAGAUAGAUAGAAGAUUUAUGGACUGGUAAAAGGUUUCUUGUUGUUUUUUGAUAUCCUAUCCUAUCCUAUCCUCCAUUGAUCUUUCUUUGUGUGUGUAAUAAAUAAAUACUAAUAGUAAUGUAAUAGUGAAGCAAUCAAUGAAUCCAUAAGAAGAAUGAUUUGAGUC